CCCAAUACUUCAAUGGCAACCUUCGUACCAACGGAAUUGCGGAUCAAUUGGUGAUGCAACAGACAUUACAUACAUUAUAUGAAUAUAUUUUUAGGAAUUUGUUUUAAACUAACACAAAUAAAAACCUCUCGCUGAGUCGCUGUCUAGAUUUCGAAAUGUCUCAACCAAGUUAGAAGAAAAACCAAAACCAACCCACACUGCCAGCACAAAGCUACCGAGAAUAACGCUACCACCAGUAUUUCCGGUGUGAAUAAAACAUUUUAAACCAACUAGUAUAGUGUUAGUACACUUUUUAUUAGUGUAAAUUAGCACGUGGUGAUGAAUUAGAACAUAUUCAUUUCACUGAGUGUAAUAGUGAUCGUAUUGGUACAUACAACAAUACAUAGAAUAAACUCGUCUUCAUUCUAGCCACCGCUAUCUCUCGCCAACUUGACACAACUCUCGCCGCCAUAACUUUGGACAAACGUAGAUAUUAUUAUGCUACGCGCAGGAUUACUCAAAGGUAAUAGCGCUGACUGCUAUGGCGCUAUGCUAGCUACGAGAGGAUCGUGCAACAUACAAGCUCUCGUGGUGAUGUUGUGAUGGAGGAACCAAUGAGCAUCGUAAACGUUUGCCCGACGGAACAUAACUGGAGACUCGCAGUUUGAAGGUACCAGCAUGCCUGGACCCGCUCAGAGCAGACUGUCUCCGUGGAUAGAGAGUCUGAUCCUGAGCUAUGGCAGUCAGGAGGAGAGCGGCAGCGGGCGGCUGAAGGCCCAUGUCAUCGGGGUGGGUCACAUGUCUCAGUCCCAGGCUCUUGGCUCUGAGGGCCCCACGGGGCUCCUCUUCCUGUCAGACGGACUGCUCCAGAUCCCUGCCAUCCUCACUGCGUCAGCCUGGGAGCACCUUCAGGAGCAGGAGGACCGCGAGUGUUUCACCAGCCUGGUCAACACUACGGUGUGCAUCCGGGACUACCGGCUGCAGUUCCACAUGGCCCUGGAACAGACCAGAAGCAGAUUCGUCUUAUCAGUCGGGGAGCUGGCCACGACCUCGGCCGGGCCGGUUAAAGCCGGCACUCCUUGCAGCACGACGCUGCCCUCCAUCAGGAUGAAGAUCUGCAAGACGUGGAGGGCCCUGCUGGGUCAGGAGACGCAGGACUCCCAGUGUGGGUUAGAUCUGUCGGAGCUGCUGGGAGAGUGGCAGCACGACUGCCUGCAGGCCGUGCUGGAGGACGUCAGGGAGAAGCUGACGGCAGCGAGCCCACGGCCCUCCACCUCUACUUGCGACCCGUCGGCGACCCACACUGACACAUUCGCCGCCACAAGCUGGAGUGUCGACAGGGUCAGAUAUAAGGGAGUGAAAGGUUUCAGUGUCCCCAUGAAGUGUCUUCUCAUCGCGGAGGAAGACGCUCAGCAGAUGCAAACGCCUCCGAUUGUCGGAAGCAGGACAGCGAGUGGACUUUCUGAGGACAGAGAGAGAGACUCGCCUCCACCUUCAGAGACCACGCCGCCUUCUGUUGACGACGCAGAAGUUGUAGAGAGCGAUCAAGGUGGCAAUCAGACUUCGCCGUGUCCCGUGGAGGACAGCAUGCAACAAGAGGACGCUGUCUCUUUGAUCGAUGUCGACAGCCAGCUUUUAUCCAACUACUGGGACAAGUUUCCUCCACCAUUGGUCACUUCAUCCUGUGAUGCGUCUCCGACACAGAGCCCAUCGCUGCACCAGCCCGCUGCUCCAGACUUCAGGUCUGAUCCCUCUGUGAUCUCAACCAGCAUGCAGCUUCCUGUCCACAGCUCCAAGGACUCCCAGCAGACAUUAGAGCACAGCAACCCCCCGCCGUACCAGCAGCUCCAACACGCAGCCGCCACGGCUGCUUCUUCCACUUCUGUGAGUCCACCAGAGCCCUUCACCAGACCGUCAGACCCGUUCCCUGCCUUAGACGAACGCCACACCGACACAGAUCAACCAACUCUUCCGGCUGUGGACCGAGAAAGCCAGAUUUUGGAAAAAGACGCGGAGGAGGCCGUUGAGAGGAAAUCAAGAAAGAGAAAGAGAAGUGAGUCGACACCAGAAGCGACGACCACCUCAGGGGAGGAGGAAGCUCAGAUCAGCGGCAUCCCUCCGUCCUGGCUCUUUGACACUCAGGCGGGCUCCGGGGCCGACGAGAGCAGCAGUCAGGGUGAACCUGCAGGACCCGUCUCCAGAAAGACACCCACCGUUCACAGCGACGGCCGGCGCUUCUCCUACUCUUACCAGCUGUCGGGACAGAACCUGCAGGACUUCAGUGGGUUCACCGUGGCAGAGUCCGUAGUGCACUGGGCCGUGGGAUAUCUGGUUGUUCCGAAGCAGACGGAGGAUCCAGUGACCUGCGAUCAGACCUUGCUUUAUGUUCAAGAUGUUGAAGGUUAAAGUGAUCUGUUACAGUCUCCUCGUAGUGUCCACUCAUGCUAAUGUUAACGUAUAAAGAUAUUGGUACAUGUUCACUGGGAAACGUUUGAAGCUCGUCCAGCGUAAAUAAAAGAAGCAGAAAAGUUCUUUGCUGUCUUAAUUCAACUAGAACAGUGAAAUACUCUGAACUCAAGGACCACUCACCAGCUUUCUGUUGGUGCUUUCAGCAGAAAACUAGAAAUAUUCGUGGAAAGGUUGAUGAUCUGUUCACUGAACUUGACAGAAAAUAUUAAAGUUGCAUUAAUCAUUUUUGGCAGCAUGUUGGGUUUAACAUCAAACAGCCUUUUGGCGCAGUAGGGCCUUAUUUAGUCCAUAUGGUGGGAGUAAUAGUUGCCUGUUUACAAACAAGCUUCAUCAUUAUUUCAUAUUAUUAUACUUGUAUGAAAGCACACAGCUUCCAUCGUGUACUGGAACUAAUCAGAGAUCGUUUAGAGGCGUGGCCUCAGGUCACAUGACUUGGACUCGAGUCACAAAUGUGAAGUCUUUAGACUCAACUUGACAAAAUCAAAGAAGAUUUGCAACUUCAACACCAAUGACUCGUGACUUCACUUGAACUUGAGCCUUUUGACUUGAAACACUUGAUACCUUGAUUUUAAAAAGUGUGUCGCAGACAUUAACGACAUUGAACUACGCAGAUUUGUUCUUGUUGUCAAGUUCAGUACCAGUUCUAAUAAAUAUAUGUGUUUUAACAAAACAAUAUGAGACUUGAAGAACAGCGACUUGGUCACACCUCUGGUUAUAACUCUUGCAAUGCAUGCUGGGAGUAUGCCAAUGUGUUAAGCAAGAAUGUAGUGAACAACAUUCAUUUAUUCAACUUAUUAUUUCAAGUUGCGAGACUCUUUCAGAAGAAAAGUCCGGAUUAAAAGUUCUGAAACGAUUCUUCUGAUAUGGUUUUUAAGAAUUUCAGGUUAUGGUGAUUAUUUUAUUUCAUGAAAUUAUUGAUGCAAAGAAAUGAGUGGAUUUGACCAAAUCAUACAGGAGUAUGAUGCUGUACCUAACAUACAGUAUAGUAUGUCUAUGCAGCACCACCUGUGAGAGUGAAGCACUUCUCUGUUUGUCCAGUAGAUGUCACUAAACACCUCAUAUUGAACUGUGAUCACCAAUGAGAUGGAGUUUAUCUGCAAACAUGUGAAAACUGCCUGUGAACACCUUAAUGGACACGACAAUGAAUAUAAUACAGAGGAUUAAAGUCAGCCUUUAGCUAACACGCAUACACACAGUGGCUGUGGUAGUAAGUAACACUACAGUGCUGCUUAUUGUGACACCAUCACAGAAUACCAGGAUGGAGAAGUUGUUGUUAAGCAGUCUGAGGGUGUGAUCGAGGAUCAGCGAUUCUUUAACUUCACAAUCAUCUGCUGAUGGGGACUCGGCGCUCACCUUAAAUGUGUACGAGCAUGAUAUUCAUUUAUCAGACGCUUUUAUCCAGAUUCUAUCACAU